AAUUUUCACAGAACCCAGAAGCUUGAUUGGGAGUUGAUGGUCCCUGGGGCCCCUCUACAGCUCCCGUGUACCUUGCUUCAUUGCUCUCGCUUGGAUUUGCUGCGCGUGGCGAUGCUGUCGUUGAAGUGUCCACGAUGGUUGUCCAUUUCUUGUGAAAUUGGGAAGGUUGUUGCUUUUUUGUCUAGAGCUAUCUCCUCAGGGUUUUUGUAGUAGAUUAGGUGGAUGUUGGAGGUUGUAAAUACUGGUUGAGUUGUCGGAAACUGUGGCAAGGUCGGGGGAUGAAGAUGAGGCGAUUGCGGGAACGAAUCGGGGGUGCUCUGGGAUUGGGUUUGUUAAUGGUUCUGGUUUGGGUUACGAUUUGGUGGAAUCAGGGGAUUGUGUAUGAGGAUGUGUUGCCUGUUCUGCCACACUCCGUUGCAUGGCCGAUCCUGAAGAAGACACGCAGCGCGGUGGAUUUGUUGCCGCGGUUCGUGGGUGGAGUGGCGUCAGAAAACGUAAAUGUCAUGUGGAAGGGUGCUUGUUUCUAUCAGAAUGAAGCGCAUCUUGAGUAUGUCGAGGCCAGUGGGGAGGGUAAACGAGAGGGCUUGGUUCUUCACAUAAAGACUAGCAAGGCCCACAGUUACACUUGUCUUGAUCUCUACGUGUUUGCUACUCCUUAUCGAGUGACAUGGGAUUACUACUUUCUCGCUCGGAACCACACAUUAAGCAUCAAAGAGUUGGAGGAAGGGGAACUUGAAUAUAUAAAAAAGAACGGAAUUUCAGUGUUCUUGAUGCCAGCUGGUAUGCUGGGAACGCUGGUUGCCUUGUACGAUGCAUUGCCAAUAUUCUUCAACUCAGAGUGGGGUGAGAACGCGAACAUUGCGUUUCUCAAAAAGCACAUGGGAGCUCAAUUCAUCAAGAGAAGUGACCCUUGGGUUACCAAUGUUACUACCGACGACAUCCAAUCUGGUGACUUUCUGGCUUUGUCGAAAAUUCGAGGACGCUGGGGUGGAUUUGAGACGCUGGAGAAAUGGGUAUCGGGGUCGUACUCUGGUCACACAGCUGUUUGCUUGCGUGAUGACGAUGGCAAGUUAUGGGUUGGUGAAUCUGGCCAUGAGAAUGAAAAGGGGGAAGAAGUGAUUGUAGUUUUACCAUGGGAUGAAUGGUGGGUUGCGCAAGUUAAGGACCCUGCAAAUGCACAUGUGGCACUUUUACCAUUGCAUGCCGACAUGCGAGCAAAGUUUAAUAAUACUCGUGCUUGGGAUUAUGCUCUUCAUAUGAAUGGAAAACCCUACGGCUAUCAUAAUAUGAUUUUCAGCUGGAUUGAUACGCCCAAUGCGAAUUAUCCUGCGCCACUUGAUUGCAACCUGGUAGCAUCAGCGAUUACAGUGUGGACUCGACUUCAACCCGAUUAUGCAUCGAAUAUGUGGAAUGAAGCUCUUAACAAGCGCUUGGGUACUAAGGGUUUGGACUUGCCAGGCGUAAUGGUUGAGACUGAGAGGCAAGGCAUUCCUUUUGAGGAGCUCUUAGCAAUACCAGAGAAAGAUAAUUGGAAAUAUAGCGAUGGAUAUUCAACUUCAUGCGUGGCUUUUGUUCUUGAAAUAUACAAGCAAGCUGGUCUGUUUGGUUCAGUUGCAGAUUCCGUUCAAGUUACCGAGUUUACUGUAAGAGAUGCAUAUAUGCUUAAGUUUUACGAGGACGACAAGUCACGAUUACCCGCCUGGUGCGGCACAAGCAACACAUCUCGAACUUACUGUCAAAUCCUUGGUGAGUAUGACAUGGAAUUGCCAGGUUAUAACACGAUAGAGCCAUAUGCAAACAUGAAUGAAAGAUGCCCGAGCCUGCCACCAUCGUACGAUAGACCAGCCCAGUGCUAACCAAGUCUUUGCCAUUCCGUAGUACCAUAAUUCUUUGAUCAAUGAUACCAUAUGUAGUGUAGUCUGUGUAAUAUGCCUGUCAGUCUUGAAUUAAUGAUACGUAAACUUAGAAGAUAUUGUUCUGCACUGAAAGAACCAAGCUAAACGCUGUGAGUAGGAGCUCGUUGCUCAUGGGACCAUUACCCGAAGAGAACAUUUAGUCAUAAUUGAGCUUAGAAAUCUCUUCUCAGCAUCAGCAUUACUACAAUAUCGUAGUUGUAACCUCAGCUUUUCAACGGGCUGGUUCUUUUCCCAUCAAUGUACGUAUUGUAAUAUUUAGUAUUCUGGACUCAGAUUUCCACAUGUAGAAACAGGAGUCGUGUGUAAAUAAUACAUUGUACUUGUAUUAUUAAACAAUGUACUUUUCCUUAAUAC